UCAAUUAUUUGAAGAUCAGUGGAUAUAUUACACAAAAAUUUCGUGAAUAUCAGCAAAAUGCUCUCGAAAAACUUAAUUCAACUAUAUUAACUUGGCAUAACACAUAUGAAAUCUUGGCGCUUUCAUCCAUAAUGGUUCUCAAUCGGUCCUGUCCUUAUUCAAACUUCACUAGUGAAGAGUGGCAGAUAAUAAUUGAAACGAACCCAUAUGCAAUCGAUGAGCCAGUUUUAUCAGCUUCAAUUUCUAAUGCUUUGCACGAAGCUUUCAUGCAUUCAGAUGAAACUCAAAUGAGCAAAGCAUCUUCAAUGAUUGAUAUUGUAAAAGCUCAUGUACAGUCAGGAAAGACUAUCAAUCAACUUUUGUCUUCAAAAGGUGGUCCAGGAGAAUCAGCCAUAUUCCUUAACUGUGGUGAUGUCAUAAAAUCGUAUAUCAUUGGACCUACAAUACGACGGGAUAUAUCGAUCAUGGGCUUUCAAAACUUGUUGAUAGAUGAACCGAGUUUGCCUUUGGUCGAAUCGAAUUUUGCACAUUAUGUCGCCUUAGAGGUACUAUCUGAACUUGCGAAAGAUUAUAAUGAUCGAAAGGUACCAUUCGCCCCAAAUCAACAAAUUAAAAAAAUUUCAAGAACGAAAUUCAUCGUAAUGGCUCACGAUUUCGUCGGUUCAAAUAACAUCAAUAUCUAUGGCGAAGGUCAAUUUGGUACAAGGGCUCAAGGAGGAAAAGAUGUGAAGUAG